UUUGCGGGCUAUUGAAAUACUGAGAGUUCCAUGUUAGGACUUUUCACCUGUUCGUGUUGUUUAUCCACUUAUUUUACUAAUUUAACGCACUGUCCGGGAACUUUGAGUCACCAUGGAGCGUCCACCAGUUCCUGAGUCCCCACUGAGAGCGCUUCUGUCCAGUCCGGCGACGCCACGUCAGAUCUCCAGACCCCAAGUGAGUCUUGCAGAAACUUCCUGUUUUCCCAGAAUAUAUCCUUGGAUUCACGGAUUCUCUCUCUUCUUCUUGCAGCCAAUGUUGCCCCCACAACUCAGCAUGGUGCCCCAAACGCCUAUUCCAUCCGGACCUCAGGAAGCUGUAAAUUCCAUUAAGAUUCAGAAUUGCGUGUCCACCGUGAAUUUGAAUUGCACACUUGACCUGCAGAAAAUCAACUCCCGGACGAGAAAUUCAGAGUACAAUCCGUCCCGCUUUCACGGCAUCGUCAUGCGAAUCCGGGAGCCGCGCUGCACAGCCCUGAUCUUCCGAUCCGGUAAGAUGGUGUGCACGGGCGCCCGCACAGAGGUGGCAUCGCAAUUGGGCACCCGCAAAUUCGCCCGAAUCAUCCAAAAGCUAGGCUUUCCGGUGAGAUUCACAGACUUCAAGUUGCAGAAUCUCGUGGCGACUGUGGAUCUGCGCUUUCCGAUUCGCCUGGAGAAUCUCAAUCAAAUGCAUGGGCAGUUCAGCUCGUACGAGCCAGAACUCUUCCCGGGACUCGUGUACAGGAUGGUGAAGCCUCGCGUGGUGCUGUUGAUAUUCGUAAAUGGCAAGAUUGUCUUCACGGGCGCGAAAUCGAGACAGGAAAUUGCUGAGAGUCUAGAGAACAUUUAUCCAAUACUGCAAAGUUUCCGGAAGAUUUGAAUAUGUCCUUUGUCUAUUGAAAUUUUCUACUUAAUAAGACUGUGAAAAUACUUAGA